AUGUGUUUCGGUAGCAAGCUCAAAGGCGACGACCCGUCAUCCAGAUUGAACAACGACUACAACGACCAUCUCAACUCCAGACCCGUUGAAUCGAAACCCUCCAAGACCUCACACGCAAUGCCUCAAGACAGUUCCUACCAACCACCAGCAGGCCCGCCGCCUUCUCAUCAAUAUCAAAGCCCAGAGAUCUAUGGCGCACCUGCUGGGCCCCCGCCAAAUCGUAACAAUGAGUACUCCGCACCUUCAGGACCUCCUCCAAAUCGCAGCAAUGAGUACUCUGCUCCUUCAGGUCCGCCCCCGAAUCGAACCGCAGAUUAUUCUGCGCCAGAUGGACCCCCGCCAUCCCAUUCAUAUGAUGCACCGCCGCAAGAACCAUACCAUGACUGGCAGACAGCUGUCCCAGAUACCUCUCUCCUCCCACCCCCACCAUCAAUGGGCAAUCAACGAAGCGCCACGAACAACGCAACAGAACAGCAGGCAGAGCUAGGAGAGAUAUGGUGCUCGCAGAACCCUAUGACAGGCCCGGUGACCUUCCCAGAGGCAGCUCUUGAAGCCAUUGACAAGGGAGAGAUUGGAGUUAUCAGACCAAGAGACUACCAAGGCAAUCUCGAGCGACCACGACCUGGAGUUUGGGCAGGGAAGACAAAAGCCAGCACACCCGAUAACUGCAUAAUCUCGACCCUUCCCCUCUACUCCGUCAUGGCUCACUCGCCUCUUCGAACUGCGCGAACAAAGAGCAUAUACUACGAAGUGCGCAUCAAGCAGACCAACAGAAGAGAAGUCAGUCUUGCAAUGGGCUUCGGCGCACAACCAUAUCCAACAUUCCGUCUUCCCGGCUGGCACAGAGGAAACCUAGCUGUCCAUGGAGAUGACGGAAGUAAAUACAUCAACGACCGAUGGGGUGGAAAGGACUUCACACAGCCAUUCAAGGCUGGCGAAACAUUGGGAAUCGGCAUGAUCUUCACGGCCAGAAACCUCGAUGCACCUCCUUCUUAUGAUUCUGCUCCCGCGCAAACGAUGUCUACGAAUCCGAUCGAUAUUGAGGUUUUCUUCACGAGAGAUGGGAGGAAGGAGAGUAGCUGGAAUCUGCACGAGGAAGGAGAUGCUGAGGAGGAUCUGCCGGUUACUGGGUUGGAGGGAUUCAAUGAUCUUUACGCUAUGGUGGGUACAUUUGAGAAUGUGGAGUUUGAGAUUGUCUUCAAUCAGGGAGAGUGGAUGUAUCACCCGUAG